AGAAUACAUUUUGAACAGUUGUUCUACUCUUUAAGACAUUUAAAUAGCACCAAUCAAAAUCUUCAUUGAUCAAGUAGCUCCAGAGACCAACAUCCGUUUAACAAAAACAUACAAACACAGGCUAAUGCCCAAGUUAGCAAGGCGACUCGCUACAAACAUUUGGCAACACUGAACACCUGUUGUUUAUCAGGCGCCCUUGUCUCAAAGGUAGAAUAUUAAUGCAGACCCUCCACAUUAAGUCGGCUAAUCAGUCACGUGAUGUUUUGUUCUAUCUUUGCCAGUUAUUUACACACGUGAAAUUGAUCAGAUUGUUAGUUACUCUCAAGCAGUCAGAGCGAAUACAGGCUAAGGACUUAGCAGGGACGAAUCCAACAAAAAAGGACUCAAGGCAAAACGUCAUUGCUGGAGGUUCUUCAUUGAAAAACACAGAGGAAGGUUAAUCCACGGAUACAAACAGACUAAGUCUACUGGAGCCAGGAUUGGAUUUAAUGUCGUGUUGAUCAAGCUAAACCGAGACAGUUAUCCCUUACCUGAUACAAUUGCCCAGGCAUCGCUGCAGAGAUCAUCCUAAUCCGAUAAUCCAUGGAGACGUGUGUGGAGUCUCUGUAUACCCUUGAUGGAGGGGCCACCGAUAAAAGAAAGACGCUGGCAAUGAUACGGAUUCUGAAGGGAGCAAUCAGUGUGUCAAAAAGCAAAACGGGCGAAGCUAUCUAUCGAUAUAAUAAAUAUGAAAAGAAAGCAUUGAAGCGACAGUUGACUCUGUUGGACAUCGACGCCUCCCGGGCCGAGAUUGAUGUUGAAAACCAGAAAAGAGUUAUCUUGAGAAAAUGGUCAAUGGCUUUCGAAAAUCAGAAAAAUAUCACCGAUUCCUUGAAACGGUUUGACGAUAUGUUGCGUGUUGCUAUUGCUGACACGACCAAGGACGACGAUAUCGAAGAAGAUGAUGCAGAGGAUGAAAAGCCUGAAGAACGUGUUCCUGAUUGUACUAAAGGGAACAGAAUUCUUAAUCGUGCAAGAGUCACGGACAGAGACAAAAGUGACUUGUCGGAAAACAGAUUACACAAUCUUCCCGUUAUGCCCAAACUACCAAACAGUGGAUUUCUGGUUCAAACAGGAAUUUCGAAAUCAAUCGAAGAGAAACAUAAGGCGGAUGACAAAAAUGGUUCGGAUGUCAUGAAUUACUUCCCUUCGUUUGACAAAUCUCUUGUGAAUGACUUUCUUGAAGACCAGAAACAAAUUCAGGAGCAGCUAUUAACCCGUAAUAAACUCUGUAAGCUGAAGAAGACAGUGGAACGUGAGCAUACUUUCUACAAAUUAAGGAUGAAAAAUAAACUCCCUGUUGAUCCAGCUUCCCUGGUUCUGAAGAUCGAGCAGGACCGCCUCCUUCCCAGGAGAACCGCUGACCGUCACUUCCGGUCCCAAUCGUUUGACAAUCUAGGGGACAUAACUCACCGCACUGGUGCGCGUUUGGAAAGCAGGUCGUUGAUUCAUAUACCAAAAACUAAUGAUAGGAGAAACAGUGAGAUAUUUGACCUCAGGAGGUCGAAAACUGUCCACAUGUUUUAAAAUGUGUCAUGAAACAGUGAGAGAGUCAACGAAAUAGGGCCGAGUGAAGGGGUCUUUUUGGCACAGGUAAAACAGUAAUCAAUCUCAUUUAUUUAUCAGAUCUUAGUUCUUGCUACUGCUCAACAAGAUCUGAGGACAUCCCAUAAGGCAUUUCAGAAUGUUCUUUUGUUCAGGUUUCAAAUUUUUAAUCGAGAAUUUGUCAAAAUAUGUUUUAAAGCGUUUUUGAUUUUGGCUAGGGUACAUUUCUGUAAUACCUGUGCCGACAACGACCCCAUCAGCCGAAAUAGGACUCUAAUGCUGUGGAAAACAAAACAUUUUGAUGAUUU